UAUUAAUUACGAUAUACUAUGGCUACAAAUAAAAAUGUUAUAGUACGUACACCAAAUGGUCGACGACAAAAUAUCGCAGUAUCUCCAAAUACUACGAUAUUACAAAUACUAGAAGAUGUUUGUCGAAAGUAUGAAUAUAACAUAGACGAUUAUGAUCUCAAACAUUUCAAUCGUGUGUUAGAUACCAAUGCUAUAUUAAGGUUUACAGGACUGGCAAAUAAUGCACAAUUAGAAAUGGUACCUUGUACAAAAAUACGUUCUAUUUCCACUGUUGUAAUAGGUAUUCAAUUAGAAAAUGGGCAGAGAUUGAUGGCUGAAUUUACACCUAAUGUAACAUUAGCUGAAAUUUUACAAAAAGUAAAUGUGAAUGAAGAUUUUGAAACGAUUACUUUAAUUUACAUGCAUCGUCAGAUUUCUGGAGCAGAAGCUUUGAGAACAAUAACUUUGAAAUCACUGGGGCUCAACAGUGGUAAAGCUGUAUUACGAUUGAUACAUAAAAGUGCACAAAACAUAGAUACUAUUGCUUUGACAACAUCGGAAACAGUAAAGGUUAACAAUAUCUCCGAUACAAAUAAAAGGAGCGUUGAAAAUAGAUAUCCAUUAGCAAUAAGUUCUGAUGAAACAUCAGAUUCUAUAAUUUCCACUAAAGAGGAAGUACCAAGACCAGAAGAAUUAGAUGCAUGUUCUGGAAACAUUGAACAAAAAACAACAGAACUAACAAAACUAGAGAAAGAAAGGGAAAUAAUACCAUCUAUUAGCACCGAUGACUGUAAUAAACACCAAAUUCUAGUACCAUCGUGCAACAAACAUGAAAUAGAUAAUUUAAAAAAUAUACAAUUUUUAGGUGAAAGAAAUGCUUUGGUAUUUAAUCAAGGUGCAAUUCAAGGAUCAUUCAGAGAUGAUUUACCAGACGAUUUCUUUGAUUUAACAGUUAAUGAUGCAAAAAUAUUAUUAAGAGAUGUCAAACGUUACAGAAAAGAAUUAGAAGAAGCACCUCUUCUAACAAAUACUCAACGACAAUUAAAUCAAGAGAAACGAAUAUUAAAUCAAUUAAACAGAUAUCAUUAUACAAUAAUCCGUAUACAAUUUCCAGAUCAAUUUGUUCUCCAAGGUUUAUUUCAACCAAUGGAAACUGUACAAGCAAUUAAAGAUUUUAUAAAAUGUUAUUUGAUUGAUACCAAUAGUGAUUUUAUAAUUUUUACUACACCACCGAAACAUAUUUUGAAUCCUAAUGCUCAUUUAAUUAAUGAAAACUUAGUUCCUUGCGCUAUUGUUCAUUAUUCUGGUCCAUCAACUCUCAAAUUGGAUGUAAAACAAAAAUUUACCGAUCCUAGAGAAGUUGAACUACAAGUGGCUGAAGUUAGAAAAGCAAUAAUAAAGCAAGAAACUGAAAUAACAAAUAAUGAGGAUCAAGAAAUAAAUCCUGCUACAACUAGUAAAGCGGUAUCUAAUACCUGUAACAGCAAUGAAUCAUUAAAUGAAAAAAAAAAUAAAAUUCCAAAGUGGUUUAAUUCAUCAUAUAAGUAA